AACACAAAACACAAGAUGCCUUCCCCUCAAGAACUCCAAAUGUCUACUGCUCUCAGAUGCUUCUGUUUAUGCAGAGACUCUCCCUUUCAGAUGAUGAUCCUCCACCUGUGAUUUCUCAGCCUAUGUUCCUGUAGCUGUUUUCCCACCUCUCUGCUCACAAUUCUCUGGUUCUUUCCUACUGCUCCUUUUUUUUUUCGUUGUGUUUCUUGAACACCAUUCACUUUGCCACUUUGGCCGAAUCCUAGUGUUCAAGUUCUUUUUGCAUAUUUUGCAAUUCUUGAACGGUGAUUUGAAAGCUCCUUUGUUUGCUUGAUCCUAGAGGAAAAGAAGGGCUAGUUUUUUUUUUUUCCCUGACCGUUUCCUCCACUCCUCAGAUUAGACUUCACUCCCUGCAAAAACCCUGUUUUUAACCCCCGGGGGAAAUAAAAAAGGGAGGGAAAGACACCGGUUUUUCCAUAACGAAAUGGAAAUGAUUCAACAAGACCAGAACUCAUCCUCACAAAACAACAUUGACAUCGGAUCAUCGCUGUCUCAACUGAUUUUAGCUGGCGGAAGCAGCACCAUAGACUCGAUCUUCUCUUUAUGUUCAUCAACAUCACAAACACCGACACCAGCUCCUACUGCACUCCCAAGCACAAUCACCAGCCCCUCUGUUUUUGAGCCACUGGGCUCCUCCGUUUAUCUCCUCCAAAGAGAUCUCCUCCACAAGUUCACUCAGAGAAACGGGUCAUCGUCAAACUUCUCUUACACGUCGACCCCGCUUCGGACUUCGGUGUUUUCGACCGCUUACCCGAGUCCAUGCAAGAAGAAGCUCUACAGGGGUGUGAGACAGAGGCAUUGGGGCAAAUGGGUGGCCGAGAUCAGGCUCCCGCAGAACAGGAUGAGAGUGUGGUUGGGCACGUACGACACUGCUGAAGCAGCUGCUUAUGCAUAUGAUAGGGCUGCUUAUAAAUUAAGAGGUGAAUAUGCGAGGUUGAACUUCCCGAACCUUAAGGAUCCGAGCAAGUUGGGGUUCGGCGACGGCUCGAGAUUGAACGCUUUGAAGAGCUCGGUGGAUGCUAAGAUUCAGGCCAUUUGUCAGAAGGUGAAAAGGGAGAGGGCCAAGAAGAGUGCAAAGAACAGCAGCGGUAGUUCUAAUGGCGGUGUUGGUGGCAAGAGCGAGAGCGAGAAAGUCACGAAAGUCGAUUCGUCCUGCUCUUCGUCGACGUUGUCACCGCCGUCGCCACUGUUUCUUGGCGAAGAGGAUUGGACAAGCGAGCUGAUGGCAUCUGACGUUUCGGAGGAUGGGUUUUGGAAGUGUGAGAAUUCGCAGCCUUCUUGCUCGGUCGAUGGCUCGGCGGUCGUUGCUGAGGAGUCAGAGAGUGAAGGAUGCUCGCUUGCUAAAAUGCCGUCGUUUGAUCCGGAGUUGAUCUGGGAAGUGCUUGCAAAUUAGAUGUAAGGAAAUUUUUCUUGGCAUGAAUAGCAGAGGAAUUUUGCGCUUAGUAGGAAGGAAUCUUAUCUACAUAAUCGGAACUUAGUCCGCUUCAAUUGUAAAUUCAUGGUUUUCUUAGGCUCUUAAGGUUGUCAGGAUGCUCUCUCUCUCUCUCUCUCUCUCUCUCUCUCUCUCUCUCGUUCUCGUUUAAUUUGGGCAUUGAAUGUGGAGUACCAGUCCUUCUGUCUCGUCUGGCUCUCUCGUGUAUCAGGACGAUAACGUUUCGUGUAGUAAGCCCUCCCAAUUACACGGAAAUAUAACAUGGAGUAUCUGUCGAGUCCCUUA